AUGGAAUGUGCGAACAAGACCCCUACGGAGAAAUCAUGCUGCCAGUCAUUCUGUCGACAGCGCGCUAACACCUCGGGACACUUAGGCCGGGGCGUGGCAGGCUUGGUUCGCUUACGCCGUACCGGGACCGGCGCUAGGCCCAAGGGAGCGUCAAUCGGGAUCUCCGUCCUCCAGGGUUUUCACGUUGACGGCUUUCAGUUGGUCCAGUUGCGGCUUCCGGCUUUUGGACUACGAGGGCGCGCAAGAGCGACGGCGGCGGCAGAGGAGGAAUUGGAAGGUGUAUUUUUGUGGCCCGUUCAUGCCAUCGAUUUGCUUCCGUACAAGCACGGGCAUCGCUGCGCCAUUCUUCACGAUUCAAACUUUCAGGUUCAUCUUAACCAAGGAACCCAGUCUUGUCACUUGCAGUGCAUUGCCCUGGCCAUUGGAUUUGCCCACUUUGCGGGCUAG